AUGCUAGGACGCGCAGCCAGCGCCCAUGCGGCCUCGAAGCCCAGGACGCCCCUCGAGAAACAACUCUUCCCAUCCAGUAGCCCCGCGCAGAACGGCAACAUCGAAGAGCAGUUCAAGAAGGCCCGGUCGACACAGUCUAUCGGUGGAUUUACCAGCGGCGUAACAAAUACAUUCGCGAAGCCGCCUAUACCCUCGAAGUCAUCAAAACCCUCGCAUCCUGCCCCGCUCGUGUCUAGAUCAACCAACAUCAAACAGUCCUAUCCGCGAGUCGCCAGUUCCUCCUCGACCGCAUCUUCCUCUUUAUCAUCUAUCUUCGGUAGUAGAGACUCUUUUCGAGAUAGUCCCGACAUGAUAGACCUCACCGAGGAUUUACCGCGAGAAUCGAAGCCCGCCAUAUUGAUGAAGCAACAAUCAACUCCCACUCCGGCUGUCGAAUUCGACGAGAACGACUUUGAUGACGACGACGAUAUAGAUAUAGACUUUGAUUACAGUGUACCGAUGUCUAUGGCAGCACCGCCCAAGCCCAUUACGCAAAAGCAAUAUUUACCAGAACCGUCUCCGUACAAAUUGCCACAGCUGCCGCGCCAAAUCACCCCACAACAUCCCACAAGCAGUGCUCAGACAUGGUCUUCAUCUCCCCCCUCGCACAAGCGCACACCUCCUGGCGUACUCAAGAGAAAGUCAGGGGAUGAAUUGCCAAGUCAGGAAUUCAAGGCGACCGAAGGAGAGAUUCCUGGCCCUGACCCUAACCCUCGAGCGCCCAAGCGAAGAACGCUUCCUUGGAUGCAAAAAAAGGCCGAACAUAACGAGAUUCUGGAUUUGCAGGACGAGGACGAAGAGGCUUUGGCUGAUUCUUCAUCCACACCAAGCAAGUUAUGCUUCAAGUGCCGUGAGAGCGGUCACUAUGCUAAGGACUGUACGAGGAGGGGGUCCAAGUAUGAUUAUACUCCCCGGCAUAAACAGAUGCCGUGGAAUAGUACUGGAAGUGCCAUAGCGCAAGACAAAAAGAGGUUUAAGGAGAUGCAGAAGAAGAAAGUAGCUGAUCUUUCAGCUGGAGGAGGUCGUGUGAAGCCAAUUGCCAUGGCCCCUAUUACUCUCAGUAGCGAACAACAAAAGGUUCUUGACUUGGUGGUGAAUCAGAGCAAGAGUGUCUUCUUUACUGGAUCUGCAGGAACUGGAAAAUCGGUUCUGAUGAGAGCUAUCAUUGCCGAGCUACGGAGAAAGUAUAUGCGAGAGCCCGAUCGCAUCGCAGUUACGGCUUCGACUGGCUUGGCUGCGUGUAAUAUCGGCGGAGUCACGCUGCACAGCUUUGGUGGUAUCGGGUUGGGCAAAGAAGAAGUGCCUGUUCUCGUGAAGAAGAUUAGGAGGAAUGCGAAGGCCAAGAACCGCUGGAUCCGAACGAAAAUUCUCAUCGUUGAUGAAAUUUCCAUGGUUGAUGGCGACCUCUUCGACAAGUUGGAGGGUAUUGCAAGAGCAAUGAGGAAUAAUGGACGACCAUUUGGGGGGAUUCAACUUGUCAUCACAGGUGAUUUCUUCCAGUUGCCUCCCGUUCCGGAUUUUGAGAACAAGACUAGAGGAGCCAAGUUUGCAUUCGAUGCUGGCACAUGGCCUACAGCUAUACACCACACCAUCGGCCUUACAGAAGUCUUCCGUCAAAAGGAUCCAGUCUUCGCCAACAUGCUUAACGAGAUGCGGUUGGGCAAAAUAACGGACGAGACUAUUGCCGCGUUCAAGAAACUGAGUCGUCCUAUACCUUAUGAGGACGGACUAGCCGCUACUGAGCUCUUCCCGACCAGAAACGAGGUCGAGAAUUCCAACGCAUUCAGAAUGCGUAACUUGCAAGGCCAGUCUAUGAAGUUCGAGGCUCGGGACACAGGAACUAUCAUGGAUAUCGCUAUGCGAGAUAAGCUGCUGUCGAACAUGAUGGCGCCGAAAGUGCUCGAGCUGAAAAAAGGCGCACAAGUCAUGCUGAUCAAGAAUAUGGAUGAUGGACUUGUCAACGGAUCAUUAGGAACCGUCAUGGCUUUCAUGGACGAGAAGACCUUCGAAAUGUAUGACAAACGACCGGAGCUAUUUCAAAAGGAAGAUGAUCCAGAAUUGAAAUCGAUAAGACCACAGGGGACGGGAAUGGCCUACCCUCUUGUCAAAUUUGCGGUCGCCGAUGGCUCCUAUAGGGAGAUUCUUGUUCAACCCGAAGAAUGGAAAGUUGAGUUACCUAGCGGUGAGGUGCAAGCUCAGCGAGCGCAAAUACCUCUCAUUCUUGCCUGGGCGCUCUCGAUUCACAAAGCCCAAGGCCAGACCCUGGAACGUGUCAAGAUUGAUCUCAAGAAGAUCUUCGAGAAGGGCCAAGCAUACGUUGCCCUCAGUCGAGCUACCAGUCAAGCCGGACUCGAGGUACAGAAUUUCGACAAGACUAAGGUCAUGGCUCACCCGCGAGUUGCACAAUUCUACGACAGCCUGUACAGCGUAAAUAAAGCUCUCAAGCAUCCAACUGUAGCGAAGCCUCCUCCAGCCAAGAAGGCCAUGUCAUACGAAGAAGAGUUUAUGAUUGCCGAGAUGGAAUCGGCUGACGCAUACGGCUUCGAUGAAGAGGAAGCCAUGGCUGCUGCUGCCUACGGAUGA